AUGAGAGAAAAGCUACUAAAGAGUUGGAAAGAACUUGACAAUCUUAAAGAACAGAUAGAAAGAGAGAAGAAUGAAAUAGAAGAAUUGAAAACCAAUGUGUUAAAAGACAAACUGCUUCUUGAGCAAAAAGAAACAGAAAUUAAUGAACAAAACCAAAUUUUGGUGGAAAGUUUGAAUGAAAUAGAAAGCGAUAGAACACGUCUGGAAGAUAUGAAUUUGAAACUUGAUUUGCAGAGGCAAGAUAUUGAGGAAACCAAAGCCAUUCUCGAGAAAGAGAAAAAUGAUCUCGAAAAGAACAAGAUGAAUUUGAAGGGAAGAGAGAUGGAAUUGCAACUGCAGAUACAAGAAUUGGAAAAUCUAGAUAAACUUAAGAUGAGAUUAUCACAUGAAAGAGAACAAUGUAGGAUCAUUGUUGAAGAAACAAAUGAACAGAAAAAUGCCUUGGAAAAGAUGGCUGUUGACCUAGACAUGCAAAAGAUAGACAUAGCAAAAACCAAAGCAGUUCUAGAACAAGAGAAAAGUGAUCUCGAAAUAAACAAGAUGCAUUUGGAGGAAAGAGAGAAGGAAUUGCAACUGCAGAUACAAGAAAUGGGAAAUACUGUCAGGAACAAGAUGAAGAAAGAGAGAGAAGAACUCGAUCAGUCAAAGAAAGAUAUUAACUUGCAGAAAAAAGAUCUUGAAGAGCAAAGGUCUAUAAACAACAAUCUGAAAAAUGAACUAGAAGAAAUGCAGGUGAAGCUGAACGUGGAACAAGAAGCCAUGGCUUUUGAAAAGAAAGAGAUACAGAAUGAAAAGAACAAGUUUGACCAAGAGAAAAAUGAUCUUGAAAAGAAAAAGUUGGAUUUGGAAGGAAGAGAGAUGGAAUUUCAAUUGAAAAUCAGAAGUCAGUUGGAAAAAGAAGAAAGUGACAAACUGGCAAUGGAAGAACAGCGAAACACCUUGGGAAAAGAAAGGAGUAAAAUCAACCAACAAAUAGAUGAGAUUGAAAAUGAGAGAAAAGCUACUAAAGAGUUGGAAAGAACUUGACAAUCUUAAAGAACAGAUAGAAAGAGAGAAGAAUGAAAUAGAAGAAUUGAAAACCAAUGUGUUAAAAGACAAACUGCUUCUUGAGCAAAAGGAAACAGAAAUUAAUCAACAAAACCUAAUUUUGGUGGAAAGUUUGAAUGAAAUAGAAAGCGAUAGAACACGUCUGGAAGAUAUGAAUUUGAAACUUGAUUUGCAGAGGCAAGAUAUUGAGGAAACCAAAGCCAUUCUCGAGAAAGAGAAAAAUGAUCUCGAAAAGAACAAGAUGAAUUUGGAGGGAAGAGAGAUGGAAUUGCAACUGCAGAUACAAGAAUUGGAAAAUCUAGAUAAACUUAAGAUGAGAUUAUCACAUGAAAGAGAACAAUGUAGGAUCAUUGUUGAAGAAACAAAUGAACAGAAAAAU